AUGGGUCUUCUCUUACGAAAUAAGCAGAAGAAGGAGGAAUGGAUCAAGAUCCUAUACAGUGAUUUAUGGGAGUUGUAUGAUAGAAAAGAAGUUGAUAUUCUUCCAGCUUUGUGGUUGAGUUACUUUAAUCUACGCCCAGAAUUAAAGCAAUGUUUUGCUUACUGCUCCUUAUUUCCAAAAGAUUAUCAUUUUAGAAAAGGGGAGAUGGUCCUGUUAUGGAUGGCCGAAGGUCUUUUACAGUCUACAAAUAGAAAGAGAGUAGAAGAAGUUGGAGAAGAGUAUUUCGAAGAUCUAAUUUCUAUGUCAUUUUUUCAACCAUCAAAUAACGAUAAGAUGGAGUCAACUUUUCUCAUGCAUGAUCUUAUACAUGAUUUGGCGAUAUUUGUUUCUGGUGAGUUCUGUUAUAUGAUGAAUAAUAUCAAUAAAUGUUCUCACAAGGUUCGUCAUUUUUCGCUCAGCCAAGAUUGGAAAGGAGCCUAUGAGGCUAAAGAAUUUGAGGAGUUAUUCAAAGCUAAGUGUUUGCGCACCAUAUUAUGGCACUGGCGCCAGGGUUCAAUCAAUGAUUUGUUAAAGAUUGAGCAGUUGGACAAGUUAUUCCCAAGCUUGAGAGUACUAUCCAUAGAGGACAAUCGUAUCACCAAGCUUCCUGAUUCAAUAGGCAAUUUGAAGUAUUUAAGAUAUUUGAAGUUAGAUUGUGGAAGUAUUAAAGAAAUACCUAAUACAAUAUGUAAGUUGUAUAAUUUAAAGAUACUAUUGUUGGAGGGAUGUGGGAUGGUUACUACACUACCAACUGAUAUAGGAAAUUUAAUCAAAUUGCAACAUCUUAGUGUUCCUAUGAAGGGCUUAGUAGAGAUCCCAUUGCAAUUGAGCAAACUGCAAAAUCUGCAAACACUUAAUUCAUUUGUUGUGGGAAAAAAUAAAGAUUCUGCAGCUAGCAUUAAGUUGCUAAAAGAGUUUCAACAUCUACACGGGAGUCUUUCGAUUAAAGGACUUCAAAAUGUGAGUAGUCUGGAGGAGGUUUCAGCAGCAGCAUUAAACAAUUUCAAGUUUCUUAGUCACCUAUCUUUGGAAUGGGAUUAUCAUCAUUAUCCUAAAGUCGAUGAGUUGCACAUAGAAAGCGAUGAGUUGAACAUCCAAAGAGAGGUACUGAGUGCCCUCCAGCCUCAUUCAAACCUGAAGGAACUUACGAUUGAGAAAUACAAAGGCAACAGUUUCCCGAAUUGGAUGGGAGACCAUAGCUGCUUGUCUAAUUUAGUAAGCCUGAAGAUGGUAAAUUGUCGUAAUUGCAACUUCUUGCCGUCGUUGGGACAGCUGCCUUCUCUCAAAUAUCUUUGGAUUAGGGAUUGUGGAGUGAUAGAAGAGGUUGUUUUUCCUGACUAUGAAAAAAGUUGUGUUUGUGCUGACUAUUUGAAACUAGUUGUGUUUGAGACUCCACCUCCUGCUGAGAAGAAGGGUGAAGUCGAGAGGUACGAAUCGCAUGUUAAGGAAAGAACUUCUAGGUAG